GGGAAAUCAGUACACGAAGUUGUUGUUGCUAAUUGGGUGGCGUGUGAGGCUGCUUUAUGUAUCAGCCUCAGCCCCGUAGCUAGUUGUGUUCGAGCUGGCUCAUCCAUCAGAGAGUAUGGUUCGCUGUCGUGUUGUGGUAUGCUUGCUCUCGACAUUGUCAUUUUCAUUUGUGUCGAUGCUUCUGGCACCGUUGCAGGACUUGAAGCCUCCUCACCUCGCCUUGGGCCAAGUCGUACAGACACUAAAGCAAGUCAGUGGUGCAAUGCCCAGUGCUUCCAAACUUGGCGGUGAAGAAGAAAGUACAGACGCACCCACCCGGAACUCGGAUCUUCGGGCUGGGAAUAAUAUUGGAAGUAAUGGGACAGCGGAAGGCUUCGAGGGACUUCCCACCUCGUCCCUCUCCCCCUCCCUCUCCCCCUCCCGUUCCCCCUUGCUCUCCCUCUCACCCUCAUUGCUUCAGUCGCGAAAGUACCCGCCUGGCUUAUUGGACCUUUUAGAUCAUGCUGACACGAUGUGUCAGUUUCCCACCGUGGAUUGGAUUUCGACUGAAGGCACGGCGACGGGUUUUAAUGCGUCGAUUGCGGAUCGUGGAGGCGGAUUCCGAUUUGCAUAGUUUGUGGAAGGCCUUCAUCGCGGUGCAGAAUCGGCAGGGUGCAUUGACGCCUGAUCGAGAAGCGGGUGCACGCUUGCUAGUCUUCAAAAGUUCCUCAGGUCAAGGUUUAGGGAAUGUUAUGGGAGGGAUCGCGUUUGCUUUAUAUGCUGCUAUUUACAGCGGCCGAGCUUUUUCUAUUGAGUCGAGUGUAUUUGAGAAGAUUCUGUCGCCGCGAUAUGUCGAUUGGCGGAGUCUUGGUCGUUCUGCCGUGUGUAAACAGACGUAUUAUGCGAAUUCUUUCGGUCGAUCAACACCUGUAUCGUCGCUCUUUGCUGCAUUGGAGGCGACGAGUGGUACGGUGUGCUUGGAAAGCAACCUCGAUGCGAGAGGUUGGGUCUACAAUCUGAGCCGACGUAAUCUGACAAUGUUGGGAUUCAGAAGCACGACUCUCAUGGAUUUACUCACAGCCAUAGUGGCGCGUGGCUUGCCUCAUAAACGAUUUUUGGGUAACGCAUGCGCUUUCCAUUUCCUCUUCGCUUCGCCGCCUUCCUUGGUCAACGCCACUCUCCGCAAGACGAGUGAGUUUCGAAGCGGGAGUGGAGACUCUUUGGGUGUGAGCAUACAGCUGCGGACAGGAGAUUCGUAUGCCAGGUUCGCUGGUGGGAGAGACAUGCGCGAGGUCAUCACGAACGGCCGCUAUGGCCUGGGCUCCCCAGAGGCGGCCGCUCGUGCGAUGCUUUCCUGCGUCGAGCAGAUUUGCGCGCCGCUGCAGCGCGGCAUCCUGUGUGAGGCUGCUUCUUGCAGGCUGGUUACGUGUUCCGUUUUCUUCGAGGCGGACGCGAGGCAGGCACGCGAUGCAGCAGCAGCGUGGGGAUCGUCAGUCGGGCACAACCUCAAAAGUGUAGUUCGAGUACAUGUGCCAGAGGCGACACCACUGCACAGCAGCGUGAAGGGCGUGCAGGGCAUGGUUGAGACUCUGUCUACUGCUCUAGCGUUGGCAACCAAUCCUGUCCUUUUGAGAACAGGUGGGGGGCUGGGCACUUUGGUGCGCAAUUUGGGUCCCAUUCCUCAGGGUAGCGGUACGACAACCAUUCUUUUCGAGGACCUCAUCAGGAAUUUCACUGGCAACAAGGACAAGAAUUGGGUCAAGUGUGAUUUGGGAGAGUUGGGGACGAGUUAUGUAACCGAAUACGGGAAGAAUUGGCGCUUGUGACGAUUGUCGAUCGCAAGUUUUUUUUAUUUGGAUUGCAAUCACACAAUUUACACAACUCCUUGACACGUACUUCCCGAGCAAUCUCGGUCAGCACGCCCGUACUGAUCCGAGUUGACGUAUUGACGGAGCAAGUUGCAGUCCUCCGCUUCGCCAGGUGUUCGCCUGUUGAAACACAUAUACUAAUGGAGUUCCCCACAUAAGGAUAUUGAGGACUUCGUGGGAUCAAUGAGGCAAACUCAUCGCAAUAUGAAUGGGAGGGCCAUCGCACACACAUGCGCGACAGAACCGACAGACGAAGGCAAGGAGGGGGAGCAGCAGGGAGGACAACGACUGCUGCUCAGGAAGCACGUUCGUCCCUGGAUGUAUGGGACGGGCACGACACCUGAUACAUACACUGUUUUCCAAAAACCCUACUCGCGCAGGCGGGGCCUCCCUGAAGCAGUGGGAGGGGCGCGAAACCUGACACAUACCAUUGUUUUCGAACGCCUACUCGCCGCUUCCCUCGCUCUUUUCAGCUGCCCUUAACACUAUACACUAUUCCUUUACGUCGAAUCGGUAGGGCUUGGG